AUGUGUUUCCGUCGUGGAAGUGAAAUGGAAAGUGUCGAGGGUUCAAGUUCGGAUUUGAUGGGAUCUAGAGAUGCAGCCUUGCUCCUCGUUCUCGUGAAGUUUGAUUUCGUCGCAGCAAUGGCAAUGAAGGCCCAAGAAGAGUUGAAAAAUGCACCAGAGUACAAUAAUCGGAAACGUAAGAUUGAGAGGCAGCCGACGGACUCGAAAAUUGUAAAAGGCGAUGGCGUAAAACCAGAUGGACGGUAG